CUUCUUGCACAGUAAUUUUCAAAGAACUCAUUUUUUUUCACCAAUUCAAUUUUGCCCUAACUCUCCAUCGCAUCUUAUCCCACAAGAAUCAUCCAAAUCGUCUCCUUGAUAUAAUCGAUUUCAACACUUAGUUUCUGUUACUAUCAGCUAUGGGGAUUCUAUCUUGGUGGUCAGGAACCAAUAAGGAAGCUUCUUCCUCAUCCAAACAAACCCAGAAGUCUGAUUCAAAGGUCGAUGAACCGGCCCAAGUGCCUGGCAUGAACGGAGCCAUGGAGGUCCUGCGUUCUCCUUCAAUUGAUCCUGCUGAUGUUACCGUUUUCGAAUUCGGAUCAACCUCUGCUUCGACUGAUAAGGUUACGCUUGCUGGGUUUUGUCCCGUUACUGAUGAACUUGAUCCUUGUCGCUGGGAGAUUUUGCCGGCUAAAGGUGAAGAGGCUCCUCAGUUCAGAAUUGUCUUUUGAGAUUACAAAUUGUAGACAAAACCCUGUUUUGCAAAUCAUUAUCUUGAUAUCUUCUACUGUUUUGCAUCAUUCAAGAACAUGACUUGUUUCAGAUUAUUAACUGUUUUCCUAAUUUCUUUGGCUGUCUGUUCUUUUUGUGUUUUGAUCUUUAAAUGUGUUUUAGAGUUCUCUGGCUUGAUGAGUUUAGAUAAAUAUAUGGGCUCAAGUUUACUGCU